AUGGUCUCGAUUCGAGCAAUGGGCGACGAAUCUUUGGUUGGGGUGGUAAAUCUGGUCUCCGGCGAAAAAGAUCCACGAAAUCUUAUGCUCAUUUUCUCCAUGCUACGAGUUCUGAUGGUCGAAUGGGAUAUCACGGCGCAUAUUGAACUCAUGUUCGACUCGGUUUACGCAUACUUCCCAAUCACAUUCCGACCUCCUCCAAACGAUCCCUACGGUAUUACAGCACAGGACCUGAAAGAUCGUCUCCGUGACUGUCUCGCAUGCACUGGACUUUUCGCACCCCACACGUUCCCUAAUAUGCUUGAUCGCCUUGACUCGACGUCCAAUCCAGUCAAAAGGGAUGUUCUCACGACUCUUACAGCCUGUGCGGCAAACUACGAUCCCAAGAUCCUGAGUCAGUAUUCAAUUACAUUGUGGGAUGCUGUCAAAUUUGAAGUGCUUCAAGCACAGGAGCCCGAACUAGCCGAGGAGGCAUUGAAUGUGCUGCAAGCCAUAUCCGGUUGCUUAUCAAAAUUACCUAUUACUGAAACAGCUACUUCUCCACUUCUCCAAUACCUGAGGCCGAUCAAUAAGGAAUGCUUAGAGCACCUCCAGGAGCCCGCAUCUCGACAGGCAAAAGCUUCCGGUGAUAUUUUGAAAGCGGUGUCUUCGGCUUCCCUGGCAGCCUUUGAACUUGUAAUAAAGACUGUCGGCCCGGCGCUCCUUACUUUGUAUCAAUCAGCAGAUGGACUGCUCCACCAGAGAGCUGUUCUAGAGUUCGCAAACAAACUAUUUGAGGCCGCCAUCGAAGUAUAUGGAUCUUGGUCGACGGUAAGUGAGAAAAAUCCUCAAGGCCGGGAGAACAUUCUGUGUGAAUUCAAGGACAAGCUUGUCGCUAUCUACAGCCAGGCACUGAUGGGCACGGUCAAAGAAGAGGUCUCUUAUCGCCUUAUUGCAGCUACUGGAUUGCUCUUGAUAUCCAAGAUGAAUUCGUUACUCCCAGACAACGAAAUCGGACUUUUUGUUCAAUACUUUGAUGAUAUUGUUCUCAAAGAAGAAUCCUACGGUCGAGAUGAGCUCAAAGCAAAAUCAAUGACCGCUUUAGCCGAAAUUUCCAAAUUCAAACCAGCAUUGAUUUCUGAUAUCACUUUCCCUGCAUUCAUGGCAUGCUUGCCAGAUGAUGAGACUGCAGCAGUAUCGACCGAUUACAAAUCUGUCCUAGGUGGUUUGGCCGAGAUAAGUGUCGAGAAAACUCUGCUUGAGAUAUUGAUGAGGCGUCUCUUGAACAAGCUUGAUUUCCUUUUCAAUUCGGAGCAACAACUGUCGUACCCGUAUACGAUGGCUAUACUUGGAGCAAUUCUAUAUGUGCUCAACAAAUCAGCUGCCGAUCAGCAAACUUCCUUGGAUACUUAUUAUGAGCGAGUUGUGGUCGGGCUAUCUCGGAAGACAGCCGAAUCUCAGAAAGGUCCUCUUGAGGAUGAACAUGUUGUUGAUUUGCUUGGUCGGAUAAUGAAUCUGAUCGUGCGCCGGUCCUCAAAGGAAGCAAUUCAACGAGCCGGCGAGAACAUUUACACCCUGUUUCAGCUCCAUCAAAAUACCCCAAGUCCAGAAUUGCUAGCAGCACAUCUGGAAGCCUCAACCACCACCAUUCUAUCCACUUGGCUCUUAGCAGCUAUACCACGACGGACACCAUCGCCGCUUUUGACGAAGUCUCAAAUACCACAGACUAUUGAUGGAAUACUGUCAAUCACUCCCAGAUGCUCAAAUAAAGCAAUAUCACAGAGCUUACUUUCCCAAGUUUCCCUAUACGUCAAUAAGCACUUGGAGAUGACUGAGCUUGGUUUUGUUGAUACUCUCCUUUUCAACACCUUGGCAUCUUUGAAGGAUGAACCUAUGGAUGACACCCAAUCCCAUGACUUGGAUAUCCGACUUAUAUUUGGUUUAAUCAAACCUUUGGUACUUCGCCUGGCUCCCAAAACGAAUCAAUAUCUUGUCAACCUUGUUGAUUUACUCGAUCAGAAACAGUAUCCGAGACAAGUGUCGCAAAAGUCUGCCGUUGGCUUCUCCACGAUCCUCGCCCCGGAUGAUAUCCUGUCGAAAACCAAUGACGCGCAGAUUCGCCUCCUAGCACCGCAGCGAGUGUUCCAAACACUGACGCCUCUCAUUUCAGAGAAAUUCCGGGCAUCGCAGUCUUCAGUCGAGAAAGAGAACUACCUGGUUGCGCUGAGUGGCAUCUUAGCCACCGUUCCAUCGGAAAUCGUCAUGCCCGAACUGCCAACGCUACUACCCCUCCUUCUCCAGUCUCUUGAUAUUACAGACCAGGUCGUCAAGAUAGCUACACUCGAAACCCUCGCCAUCGUGAUCACCAGCAACCCUUCGGCUCUCGACGAAAGUGGCCACAUCCCGGCUCUAGUCAAGAGGCUCCUCGCCGUCGCAUCCGUGCCUAAAACCAAGAAAUCCCUGACGAAUGCUGCAACCACCACCAAGGCCUCUCAGCCACAGUCCAACCCAUGCCUGCCUGCCAAUUUCCCCAAAACACGCCGUCUAGCAACUCGCUGUCUGACACUGCUUCCGAAAUACAUCACCGAAAGCACGUCGCGUAUAAACCCGUUGCUAGCGUUGAAGCGCACGGUCCUGCAUGGCCUAACCAGUGUCCUCGACGACGCCAAACGUGACGUGAGAAAAGAAGCCGUCGAUGCGCGAGCGGCAUGGCUAAGGGGUGUUGACGAUGUUGACGACGUUGACGAUGAGGAAGACGGUUGA